AUGCCAUUGAAUCAGAAAGAAAAAACCAUUCUCAGUGCGAUCAUAACUACUAUACAAACAGUUGCGUCUAUGCAAAAUGUUAAUGAUCAGUUACUUUUCACGACCAUAAUAUUGACUAUGCAAAAAGACGAUGAAAAGUUUGUAAGAACUGAACGCAUUCCAAGACCAAAAUCGAUUGGAUUUUGGACCGAAAUAUUCCCUUACUUAGGUGAUAGUGAUCCAAGAUAUAACUUUAAGUAUCAUUUCCGUAUCAAAAGGACAACAUUUAAUAGAUUAAUUGAAAUUCUACCGGAACAUGAGAAUUACAGACCAUCUGCUUUUAAAAAUCAAAUCCCAAUGCAUAUCCAACUUGGGGUUGUUUUGCACCGACUGGCAAACCCAAUGAGCUAUCGACAACUUGAAUUAUUCUUGGGUGUGAGUGUUGGUUCUGUGGCCAAUUUUACGCGGCGAUUCAUACAGGCUGUUUUAGAUUCCUUGAAAUACAUAAUUCGAUGGCCAAGUGAUAUUGAUCUGCAGUCAGUAAUGGAUGGAUUUGCUCCAGUUGGGCUUAAGCGUCUUCCGAACGUAAUAGGUGCAAUAGACGGCUCUCACAUCCCUAUCAAACAACCACCAACAGUACACCACAAACGUUACAUUAAUAGGAAGAACUUUCACAGUGUUGUUUUAAUGGCAAUUGUUGACGACACUGAGAAAUUUACGUAUGUUUAUUCUGGUCAACCAGGGAGCAUGCAUGAUGCGAGAGUGCUGAGACAAUCGUCAUUCUGGAGAGAUGCUAUCAAUACCCCAUCGAAACACUUUCCAAACGAUUCCUAUAUUUUGGGUGACUCAGCAUUUCCAUUGUUACCCUGGCUUCUUACUCCGUUUAAGGAACCGAUCAGUGGUAGGUUGAGCAGAGCGCAGGCAGAAUAUAACAAAUCUCAUUCAUCUGCUCGGAUGGCAGUUGAAAGAGCAUUUGGAAAGUUAAAGGGUAGGUGGAGAAUACUAAAUAACUCUAUGGAUUUCACUGAUCUUGAGACUAUAGUAGAUGUAAUAGACGUGUGCUGCAUAUUACAUAAUCUUUGUAUAAAUUGUGACGAUUUGUGGGAACAAUGCGAAGAAGAUGAGACAUUUGUUUGUGCUUCUACAGAUAUCUGUAUAGAAAAUGACGCAAGGCUUUUAAUGCAGGCCCGAGAAAAAAGAAAUAGACUAGUCCAUCAAUUGUUCGAGCAAUAA